AUUGGAAAAGCUCUUCCCGGGCAGACUUGUCUCAAAUAGGGGCUGGUUGGAAUACAGAGAGCAUGACUAAGGAUCAAUGGUUACACACAUGGUCCCUCAUAAACACACACAAGCUUCUACCGUGUGUCAGCAAUAAUCUGAGCUGAAUUUUAACCGACGGCCGAAUUUCGCUUAUUAAACUCUCGGUGUGCAUGUUUCAUCCUCUCUCUUCUUUCUUUCACUUGUCAACCUCUCUCCCCUUUCUUUCUCUCUUUUCCUAACAAAACACAAAUAGUCCAACGAUGGCUCUCCGUGCUCUUGGUCUCCGAAACGUUGCAAGAUUCACUGCCGCUACUGCUCCCCGCCCUAGACUUUGAUAUUAGACGGCUAUGCCUCUCCGUCGUGGAUUGGCCUCGGCAGCACCUUUGCCCAAGACUCCCUUGGACACGAGCGCACCCCCCAUGCUUCGGUACCAAAACAACCUGCCUAAACUACCUGUGCCUGCCCUGGGUGCUACGAUGCAAAAGUACCUGAAAUCAGUCAAGCCCUUGGUGAGUGAGGAAGAAUACAAGCGCACCGAAGCUGCUCUCCAGGAGCGAUUGGUCAAGCACGCAAGCAACCCUGCGGUUGUGAAUUGGUUGGAAGACUGGUGGUUGGAAGCUGCUUACAUGGGCUAUCGCGAUCCCGUCGUGAUCUACGUCAGCUACUUUUUCUACUACAAGGAUGACAAGCUCCGCAAGCUGCCUGCUCAACGUGCCGCUGCUAUCACCACUGCUGCUCUCGAGUUCAAGAAGCAGGUUGUCGAGAAGACCUUGGAGCCCGAGUAUGCCAAGGGUGAGCCCAUGUGCAUGGACUCGUACAAGUACAUGUUCAACAACUGUCGCAUUCCCCAGAAGCCGUCGGACAUCGAGGUGGCUUACGACUCUGCCCAGCACUCGCACAUUGUCGCUAUCCGCAAGAACAAAUUCUACGUCAUCGACACCAUCCACAAUGGCCAGCAGCUGUCGACCAAGGAGCUGGAGCAGCAGUUCCAGCGGGUCAUUGACAAUGCCGGCAACGAGCAGGGCCCCGCAGUGGGUGCUCUGACCACCGAGAACCGUGACAAGUGGACUGAUUAUCGCGAGGCAUUGUUGGCUGCCAACCCCGAAAACAAGCAGCUAUUGGAGCAGAUCGAGUCCUCCUCGUUUGUCGUCUGUUUGGAUGACUCCACACCCGUGACCCGUGACGAGGGUUCCCGUGCCUGCUGGCAUGGCGACGGCCGCAACCGCUUCUUCGACAAGCCGCUCCAGUUCAUCGUCUUUGACAACGGCAAGGCUGGCUUCAACGGCGAGCACUCUUGCAUGGACGGCACUGCCACCUGCCGCCUGAAUGAGUACGUUACCGACAGCUUGACCCGCAACCUCGUCGACCACGGCUCCGCCGAUGUCCGCUCGUCUCUGCCCGCACCUUCCCAGCUCGAAUUCAAGCUCGACGACAAAGUCAAGCAGUCCAUCCAAUCUGCCGAGCAAGACUUUGAUGCCCUCAUCGGCAAGCACGACCUGACCGUGUUGGCCUACCAGGGCUACGGCAAGAACCAGAUUAAAAAGUUCAAGUCGUCGCCCGACGGUUAUACGCAAAUGGUCAUUCAAUUGGCCUACUAUAAGAUGUUUGGCAAGUCCCGCCCCACCUACGAGUCUGCCCAGACCCGCAAGUUCCAGCGUGGCCGCACUGAGACGGCUCGCUCCGUCACUGAGGAGUCGACUGCCUUCUGCAAAGCCAUGGAGGAUGUCACUGUCUCGCGUGAAGACAAGAUUGCUGCCUUCCGUGCCGCUAUCAAGGCCCAGGGCGCUUACAUGGCCGACUGUGUCAGUGCCCAUGGUGCCGAUCGCCACUUGUUUGGUUUGAAGAAGACCUUGCAGCCCGGUGAGGAGAGCCCUGCUCUGUUCACCGAUCCCAACUACGCCUACUCGCAGCACUGGUACCUCUCGACCUCCCAGUUGUCGUCGGAACACUUUGACGGUUAUGGCUGGGGCCAGGUGGUCAAUGACGGCUUUGGCGUUGCUUACAUGAUCAAGAAGAAUGCCUUGCAAUUCAAUGUUGCCAGCGUCAAGGAUCUGGAGGUGCACGGCAAGCAGUAUGUUAACGGCACGCACCACUUUAAGCAGUGUCUCGAAGAUGCCGCCAAUGAGCUCGGCGAACUCUUGUCGUCCGAGGUUGCAGCUGAAGCCAAGCUGUAAAGCAACUGAAAUUGUAUUAGAAUACCGAGUCCCCUCACCCCCUUCCUUUUCCCUUCUUCCUCGUCCGCAAUUACAUACACACGACGCCACUCGUACCCGCAUGGUUAAAAAAAACAACAACCGCCAUCUAUGUUCUUUCUUUUGUCACCUUCCCUUUGUCUUUUCUCUCCUCCUUGUAGACUAAUUUCCCUCUAUCCAGUUACACGUCACUGUCACCAUCACCGCUUUUUCUUAUUCAGUGUCCAAAAAUGAAACCGAGA